ACAGAUUAUCAUGACCCAACUAUAGAAGAUGCGUAUCAGCAGAGAACAGUUAUUGACGGUCAACCUUGUUUACUGGACAUAUUGGACACGGCAGGACAGGUGGAGUUUACUGCCAUGAGAGAACAGUAUAUGCGCUGCGGAGAGGGAUUUAUAAUUUGCUAUAGUAUUACAGAUAGGCAUAGUUUUGACGAAGCAAUAGAGUACAGAGAUCUGAUUACAAAAGUACGAAUUACAGAACAGGUUCCAGUCAUUUUAGUUGCUAACAAGGUUGAUUUAGAAACUGAACAGCGGGUAGUAAGUACAGAGGAAGGGCGCUCGUUAGCAAAUAAAUUUGGAUGUUCCUUCUACGAGACAAGCGCUGCACAUCGACAGCAUGUAGACGAUGUUUUUCAUACACUAGUCAGAGAUAUCAGGCGGAACAAUGAGGCCCCUGACUUGAAGGGAGAAGAGGAGGAUGAGGAUACAACACCGCGACCUCGUUGGAGAAAGCUUUGGAACAAUUUGUUCCGGAGGAUCAUGAGAGGCCGGAAAUCAAUCUAGUUUUUCUUAGUUUUUACUUCUGGUAUUCUGUUCCCUGUUUCCAGCUUCUACUUCCUGAAAACCUCAACAAAGACUUUACUGCACAAGUUGAAAGAAAAUUACACUUUCAGCUUAAAAAAAAAACAUAAAAACGACUAUCUUGAAGAUUUUAAAUAAUUGUCUUCUUCUAAAAUUAUCUCGAUCAACCUCAAAUGUCGGAAAUGUUGUAUAUCUAAUAAUCCCUUCAGAAAUCUCUAAUCCGUCGGAGUAGUUAAGUAUUAUCCUCUCACAUCUUUCAGGUUCGGUGAGACACUGCUGUCAGUUUUUUAUUGAGAAGCCCUUAUUUGCAGAUUAAAAGUUUCCACUGUGAAUAUCCGCGUUGAGGACAUUGUUUUAAUCAAAAGUUUCCACUGUCCGCGUUGAGGACGUUGUUUUAAUCAAAAGUUUCCACCUUUGCUGACUUCUGUCCAGUAAAGCAACCCUAAACUAAUUUAUUGAUAAAUAUUUUACAAAAACAAAUGACCCCUGUUCACUCUAUACUCCCUCAGUCUUAAAGAGUAAUAUAAAAAUUUAAGGGUUUAUGAAAAAUG